CAGAACACAUGUCCACCAUUAUUCUGUCAGCUUGGGGAGGGAUUGUAGUGAGUAUAAAAAACUGCCUCUCAUUGAUACUAGUACUCUAAAUUCACGGCCCGUGAUUAUUUUAAUUUGGCACCCGAUGCGAAUGAAGAUCAGCAGCUGAGACUGAAGGCACAUUUCAAAUACUAGUACGGACAUAUAUUGACAAAACUGUUUUUUGUAUCUAAGCUAGCAAGACAUCAUGAAUGUUAGUACUUCGUCCUCGUACGUUUCCGCUGGAGAGAAGGCGCUAGGCCUGGCCCUGCGAAAUGUGCUAACUGCUCUCGGAUCCACAUUUACAGUUGUUGGUAUUGCAGGGAACCUUUUGGUCAUUUUCAUCAUCUUGCGUUUCCCUCGAAUGCGAACAGUCUGCAACGUGUAUCUCUUUAGCAUCGCGCUCUCGGACCUGAACCUUGUUAUGGUGGCUCCUAUCAUCAUCCAGUUCUACCGUAACGGACGGUGGACCUUCGGGCCCGGCUCGUGUGAAGCAGAGUCCUGUAUUAAAUUUACCAGUAUGUUUGCCGGUUUCUUCCUGGUCAGUGCCUUCAACUAUCAGCGCUACCGAGCUAUAGCAAACCCCAUAGAGACUAGACAGCGCCAGAGUUUAAAACGGGCUGCCUUGAUUUGCCUUAGCAUUUUCCUCCUGGCCCUUGUUGCAAAUCUGCCAUUUUGUGUGACGUCUCACGUAGUGGAAGAGGUAGUGAAGAACAAGACAGUGGCGGUUUGCCGCUACUUUUGGCCAGACUGGAGCAAUAUCCCUGAACACUCAGAGAGAGCUCAUCGGCUUUACCUCACAUGUCUGGGUUUUCUUCUGCCCUUCUGUUUAAACUUCACCUUGUACGUUCUCAUUAUUCGUAAGCUGCACAGCCAAGACGCUUUUCGUUCUGCUGCGGUCGGGAAACGCGUCAAAGAUUCCACAACAGUCACUAAAAUGGCUGUGAUGGUGACGGCAUCGUUCGUCAUCUGCGUGGGUCCGUUCCACAUGUACAACUUCAUCAGCGCAGUGUCAGACAUCUACAUACCAGAGUAUGUAGGUAGGUGGACCUGUGUGUUAACCUUCGGGAACAGUGCCCUGGACCCCAUCAUCUACGCGCUCAUGGGGACCAACUUCCGGGACUGCAUCAAACAGCUGUUCUGUCGGCGGCCGCUGGCUGGAGAGACACAGAAGCAGCUCAAUGAUUCAGACAUUCUUCAUGCAAAUUUACCACUUUCUGAGCUAAAAUAAUUGCAAGCUUUCUGUAAUGUCUUCUUAUCCUCCCCAUAUAUAGUGUUUAUUUCUUGACGUGAGUGCAACAACGUCAGAAAACUUUGAUUUGA